GGGCCGGGGCGCGUGCGCAGAGCGCGCCGGACGCAGCCCGUCUCCCCGAGCGGCCCGCGCUGCUGUCGCGGGGUCCCCGAACCGCGGGCGCCCGGCUCCCUCCGCUCGGCCAUGGCCCCCCCGCCGCCGUGCAGGCCCCCGAGGGCGCCGCGGCUGCUGCUGCUGCUGCUGCUGAGCGUGGCCCUGCUGGGCGCCCAGGCCCGCGCCGAGCCCGCCGCCGGGAGCGCCGUCCCCGCGCAGAGCCGCCCGUGCGUGGACUGCCACGCUUUCGAGUUCAUGCAGCGCGCCCUGCAGGACCUGCGGAAGACGGCCUUCAGCCUGGACGCGCGGACGGAGACCCUCCUGCUACAGGCGGAGCGCCGGGCCCUGUGCGCCUGCUGGCCAGCCGGCCGCUGAGCAUUCUCAGCCAGCACUGCUCCCUCACCAAUAAACGCCUGGCGCAGCA